AUGCUUCAAUCGGUAUCACGUUCAGGCCUGAUUGAAGAUCUUGGAUUUGACACACCCAGUGUGAUAGGCACCUUGAGGGGCCACAAUGCUACGAUUACAUGUCUUACUCCGGUGUACAUGCCCUCGCACAUUUCAUAUGGUACUGGUGACGAUACCCAUAGACUGUUGACUACCACUUUGAUUUCUGCAGAUUCACAAGGAUGGCUCAUAUGGUGGGAUCUGUCGACGCGAAGACCAUUGGGUGUUUGGAGAGGCCAUAAAGAAAAGGUGACCACCUUGAUUCAACUUGGACUGGAAUGGGUAUCCGAUGCAGAGUCCACCACCGCUUCACCAAAGUUAGGAAACAUGUAUGGGAAAGUACUUAGUCAUGGAAAAGAUGGCGAGAUGAAGAUUUGGAGUCUCUUCGAUUUGGAGAACGAGGUUGUGAAAUUUACUGGUCGUUUGCAGAGAAGGCUACCACUCAUGACGGACGACAAUCAAGAACAAAUUGACAAAUUAUGGCCAACUCCACCUGUAUUUUACGAGCUACCAGUCAACACUUUGAAUUUCAGCAACGUGGCAAUAUUGGGAAAUACGUUGAUAACGCCAGCAUCUAUGGACUCCAACUCGUUCGACAUCUAUACGAUCCCUUUACUCGAUAGUGACAAGCUUCAGAGGCCGUACAGCAGUAUCGAGCCUCUGGAGCUUCUGAGAUAUCAGAACCGGGAAUUACCAAGAGAAACGGCUAUUCCCGAUUCUGAAAAAGGAAGAGACUUUGGGAUCAUCAUGAGGAUAGAAUGGAUCGAUGAAACAUGUUUUGCAGUAGGCUAUGAGAGUGGCCAUGUGAUAACCUAUGGAAUAGUGAAUGGCAAACUCACAAUGGAGACACUCGAUUGUUCUCACUACCCUAGUCCCAUAAUAGCAUUGGUAUACGAUUCUGGCAGAGGCGUACUUCUUUCCUCCUCUUCCAACGACUUCAUCAGCAUCCAGACAAUCCAGAGAUCACGCGUGGUUAUAGACGUUACGAAGACAUCUAAGAAGUUCAAAACCCACCAUAAAGGUAUCGGUCAUCUCACAAUAAGACUGGAUGGAAUAGUCGGACUAAUUACGUGGGACGGGUUCAUGAGAUGUUAUGAGUACGACGAUAAUGGUGAAGAACCUCUCAAAUUUGUGUUCAAGGUGAAGAAGCAAGCUCCCUCAGUUAAUUUAAAUGCCCUGAAUAGAUCACAGGACGACAAGACCGAGCAAGAAGACAUCGGAUCGUCCAAGACUCGUGCCAUGUGUCUUGAGUUUUCCCAAGCUCAAAAGAGCUAUGAUGAUUUGAAACAACAGGGGCUGUUGAAGUGGGACAACGGAAUGAGCAAGAUGCUGGUGAGACCCAGAGAACAAAGCAAUCUGUCGCGAAAGUGGUUAUUCACAGGUUAUUCUGACGGCAGGAUCACCACCCAGGACCUUCAAUAG